UGUUAUAAAAAAGAAAAAUGUGCAUUUAACUAAAUAUUAACUAAUAUUUUAAUAUAUUCAAUAUAAUAAAAAACAACAGUCUGCCAGCCCAAUUUAAAGUAAAUCUUUUUUAUUAUUAUUCCUUCAUUUCCCUAACUUCGUGUGUUGUUAUUUUUGUACGUAGUUUUAAUGGUCUUUCUUUAAUUUUUAUUUUCGUCUUUGGAUGUUUUUUUCUAUUUCUAAGCGUUCGCGUGUGUGUGUAAGAAAAACUCCUAAAAGGAAAAUAUUAAAAGAAAAAAAAAAAAUACAUAAAAACAAAUAUAAAAAAGCAUCAUCAACAUUUGAAAUUUUGUAAACACCCUUCAAUUUAAAUCUGUUCUUAUUUAUUUGAUUUAUCCAUGCUAUGGAAAUGAACAUGUAAAUAAAGAAAUACAAAAUCGGUUGAAUGUGUGUGCAUUUGAGUGUGUUACAUGUACGUGUGAGUGAUUUUUCCUAUUGAAAAUUUGUUGUGCGGUGCUGUUCUCCAACUUGCUCAGAGGGCCGAAAAAGUAGGUUGGUUGACUAUUUGUCACAUUAAACUACGACAACAACAGCAACAACACCAAUAAGCAAAAUCAACAAAUAUAAACAACAAAACUAUAUUUUUAUGGUUGCUGUCAAUAAUUAUUUGUGCAACGAGAAUUUUAUGGAAUUCUCCGAUGACCUGAUCAAAGUCAACUUUAAUUACUUCAAUUGAACAAUGAAUUGAAAGUCCAAAGACGUUUUCAAUGGCUAUUAUAAACAAAUUAAAGAUACAAACUCACAGCAGAGAUACAUUAAUCGAAAUGUAUUCAAAUGAAAUUAAUGAAUUUCAAUACCAACAAAACCCAAACACAUCUGUCAACAAUUAAAAUUUAUGGAAGAAAAAAAUCAAAAAAAAAAGCGAAAAAGUAAUCAACACCCAGUGACGACAAUAUUUUUCAAUGUUACGACAACGACCAGCAGCAACAUUAUCACAAGGCGUUGUUUUUUUGUGUCAUACAACCACGCCUCUUCAAUUAUGGAACGAUAAAAAUCAAAUAAUCAUGAUAUCAGAAAAUGAUUAAAUAAAUUACUUGGUUUUUUUUUCUACACUAUUACUUUUUAAUAGUUAUAAAAAUAACUGAAAAAAAAAUUGAUAAUUAAUCGUUAAAGUUAAAAUAAUUAAAAAAAUAUAAAUUAAACAAAAAAAAAGAUUCAACACAAAAUGAAACAAAAUAUUAAAUUGUCAACCCAAGGUUUAAGUCAUCAUCAUCAUCAGCAACACUGUAAUGAUGAUGAAGAUGAUGUUGCACUACAAGUGCAACCCUCGCAUUAUAAACAGCGACAGCAGCAACUCUUGCAAUCCUAUAAACACUGCAAACGGCGGCGAAAAUCUUUAGCAAUGCAGCAGCAAAACAACAUUGUAUUACCAGUGACAACGACAAGAACCUGCGAUUUAAAUAUGUUUACUAACACAACCACACAAAUAAAACCCUUUCAAUCGAAGUGCUGGAGUAUAUUAAAUACCAAAAGUCAAGAUUCCCUUAAAAAUUUAAGACAAAUCAGAAAAUUACUAAAGAAAUUUCUAUUAUUGGCCACAAUACUCUUGAUAACAACAACAUGUUUAAGAGCAACAACAAUCUGUCAACCUAUAGAGGCGGCAACAAUAGCUACAGCAGCCUUUCCAGCAACAUCAGCCACCUCAAUACAAGGUUUUCAAAUACCACCCUUAAAUGCUCUACUAAAAGCUGCGGCAGCACAAGAUUCACAAAUAACCUCAAACAAUAGUCCGUCCUCAACGUUACUGCCAGCAUCAUCAGCAACAUCUAUUUCCACCUCUUCAUCGCCUUUGGCUUCAGCCAGCUCUACACAACAACAGCAACAACAAAGACAAUUACAGCAACAACAAUUGUUUGCUCUACUCAAACUGAAUAGUAUGCCACAAGCUGCCACACAGGAAACCAAAAAAUCCUCCUCUUCCUCUUUAGCAUUACGUACGAAAAAUCUUAAGGAUAAACAACGUUAUAAUCACCAUCAUCAACAUCAACAUCGACGACGACCGCCUCAUCGUCAUCUUAAAGAAGAUAAUGCUGAUUACGCCGAUGAUGAUGACGACGAUGAUGAGGAGGAGGAUGACGAUUUUAAUUUUCCCAUACCACGCAAUACUUUAUUAGAAACUACCGGCUUUGUGGCCGAUGAUGGUCAACAAUAUGAGAAAGCUGAAAAAGCUUUAGCUGCUGCUGGUAUUAUACCAGCUACAGGAUCUAAUACGCAGCAACAACAGUCAUCUUCUGCAGCCUCUUCGUCCAUAGCAAAUAACAACUUAAAUUGUCCCAAAGAGUGUAAAUGUUUGAAUGAUUAUUUCGAUUGUGGUAAAAAACAUUUAGAUCGUGUCCCACCACUGCCCGGUUAUGUACAAAUAAUAGAUUUCAUUGGCAAUAAAUUAAAUGAUACAACAGUUUUGCAAAUAAAAAAUUUACCGGAACUAAAUAAAUUGGUUUUAAAACGCAACCAAUUGGAAACGGUACCGAAAUUUGUGGGCCUCAGUUCGUUGAAACAGCUUAGUUUGGCCCACAAUCGUAUACAGAAAAUAUCUGCUGAAGCUUUGGCGGCCUUGCCAAAACUUAAGGCUUUAGAUUUAUCCAAAAACUAUUUGCAUACAGUUGAAGCCAGUUAUUUUCCCACAGCAAAUCGUUUGGCGCAUUUAAUUUUGAAUGGCAAUGAAAUAGCUAGUAUCAGCGAAACUGCCUUUACUAACCUGGCCGAUUUAUUGGAUUUGGAAUUAAAUAACAAUCGUUUGACUUUAUUGCCUGCAGGGGUUUUUGAAAAUCUGGGCAAACUAAGAAAACUAUCUUUAAACUAUAAUCAUUUGGAGAUCAAUUGGUCCACCUUUCGUGGCUUGGUGUCUUUGCAAAAGUUGUUUUUAAAAUCCAAUAAUAUUAGAGCUUUACAAGAUGGUGUUUUCCAUGUUAUGACUGCCAUAGAAACUAUAGAAUUGGAUCAUAACUAUAUCAGCUCUCUCAGUCGCCAGGGUUUAUUUAACUUGACAAAAUUACAUCAUUUAUCUCUAUCGAAUAAUUCCAUAUCACGCAUAGAAUUGGACACUUGGGAAUUUACACAAUCUUUGAUAACCUUAGAUCUUUCCCAUAAUAAUAUAACGGAAUUUAAGCCACAACAUUUGGAUUGUUUACAACGUUUAAAACAUUUGAAUUUGGGUCACAAUAAGAUACAAUAUUUAAUGGAAAAUACUUUUGAUUGUGUUAAAAAUCUAGAGGAUUUAAAUCUACGGCGUAAUAAACUUUCCUGGAUUAUAGAGGACCCGGGGGCGGCUCCUCCCUUUAAGGCUUUAAGAAAGCUUAAAAAGUUGGAUUUAUAUGGCAAUAAUUUGAAACAAAUUAAUACAAAAUCCUUAAGUGGUCUGUCCAAUUUGGAAUCUUUAAAUUUGGGUGGCAAUGCUUUGGCUUCCAUACAGUCGGGAGCCUUUGAUCAUAUGACCAAUUUGCAAAAGUUAAUGUUUAAAUCUUUAAAUUUCAUAUGUGAUUGUGAUAUUUUAUGGUUUAGACGUUGGCUGAACAGACAUCUACAAAACACCAGCAAUCAGAAGCAAUUACAAACGCCGCAACAACAUUUGAAUUCAGCGCAAGCGGUUUGUGGUUAUCCGGAACAUUUGUUAGAUCGAGAACUUUUGUCAUUACAACAAAAUGAAUUGACUUGUGCUGAAACCCCUAAACCGGUACUCAUACAAGAACCUUCCAACCAAUUGGCUGUUAAAGGCGCCAACAUAACCAUGGAGUGUAGAGCUACUUCUCCUACAGCCGCUUCUUUAGCUGCCACAGAUGAAUUGAAAAUAAAAUGGCGCCACGACAAUCACAAUAUAAAAGAAAGAGAUCGCAAUACACCACCAGCUAAUUCUCUAUUAACACCCUACACCACCACCGAAACACAAAUUCAUCAUGAUCCUUCCAAUAAUCAAACCACCAUUAUUGGUUAUUUAAGACUUUACAACAUGAGCUAUGAAUCGGCGGGGAAAUAUCAAUGUGUGGUAUCGAAUGCUUUUGGCACUACCUAUUCACAGAAAUUUAAAAUGUCCAUAGGCAUUCAUCCCUCAUUUUUGCAAAUACCUUCUAACUUGACUAUAGAUUCUGGCGAUACGGCACGUUUGGUCUGCUCAGCCACUGGAGAUCCUAUGCCUGAAAUAGCUUUACAGAAAUUUGGUGCCAGUGAUUUUCCUGCCGCCACCGAACGUCGUCUACAGGUGUUGAGGGAAGAGAAUGCUUUUGUUAUAAUAAAUGCAAAACCCAUAGAUAGUGGCAUUUAUACGUGUACGGCUGAGAGUCCAGCAGGGGAAAUUAAAGUGAAUGCUUCUCUUAUAGUAAAUGAUAAACCUCAGCCCACCAUACCCGUGGUUCACAAAGAAAUUGUAGUUGGCAAAUCAAGUGUUUUGGAGUGCCUGAGCGACAUAGCAGCCGAACUGAAUCAACCACAUCGUGAGUGGUAUAAAGACAAUAAACCCUUCCACAUAACACCCACUCUAGAUACAGAUCGUUAUUAUUUCACCUCCGAAAAAGAACUGCUCAUUAUAGUCAAUAGUCAGUCCGUCGAUUCGGGACACUAUCGUUGUGAAAUUACCGAUAAUUCCAAAACCUAUACCAUGCAAAUGGAACUGCUAGUGGUUAAAGAGGAUUUUAGUCAGAAUGUCAUUAUUAUAGGUGUGAUAGUGGUGACAGUGGCUUGUAUUAUAAUUGGUUCUCUGAUUGUAUGGAUUAUAUUGUUUUAUCAAAAGAAAAAACUUUAUAUGAAUGCAGGAAAUGGCACCGCUUUGGGUGGUUCUAGAGUGGCGGCAGCAAACAGUCACAAUAUAUUGACGGCCAGCAGGGGUAGUACUUUAGAUCAAACACAAAUGACUACAUUAAGUAGAACUUAUCUAAGAUCCCCUAGAGAUAAUUAUAAUCAUGCAACUAACCAGAGACCACGCAGUCUAGCAGCUUUAGAAAUGAAUGGUGGCCGUUACCAGGCUGUAGAAGAUGAAAAUCAACCUUUAACCGAACAAAGAAAUUUCCUUAUUGUCACCACCACACCCAACUAUCAGCAAUUGUUGAUGCAACGUCAAGCGAAUGAAGAGGAUAGAACAGAUGAUGAACAUUUAACUUUGGAAUAUUUAAGAUUGAAUCGAUCCCAUGAUGGUGAACAUCAUCAAGAUCAUUUAUCUAGCAAAGAUUCGGGUACGGGUUCAGAUGCAGCAGUCAAACGUAGUUUAGAAGAUUUCUCCAUAAGUCUUAUGCCCAAUGCUUCCACACCCACCUCUAAUGCCGGAGGAUUAGGAAGCUUAUUAAAACCAGGAGCUAGAGCUUCCUUAGCAAAACAAGACACCGAUGAAGAUGAGGAGUACAAUAUUGUUCCAGUGAGUAUACCAACUCAACAACAAAAUGGCAGUGGUGGCAGUACAGAAGAUACAGAGGACUUUACCACUUCUCCUACCUUGGGUGUAUCUGUCUAUCAAAUUGAUGAAGAGAUACACAAUUUAUCACGCAACAAUAAUCACUCUCCUGCGCUAACAAAUUACAAAACAUCACCAACUAGUGGUGGUGGUGAAGGUUGUGCUGAUGAUGAUGGUGGUGGAGCGGUAAGUUUGGUGGAUUCUAAUCAAAGUCGAACCGCCUAUAACACUAAGCCAACAAGUAUUGUGUCAUCGCCUACACAUCAACAACCACAAAGUUGUAAAGCAAGUACAAAUUUUUCUACAACUCCUACAUCUUCUUCCUUGUCACCUCCCCCAAUUCCUCUUCGCACACAAACGGUUGAUAUUUAGUUUUUUCUUUAUUAUUAAUUUAAAAUUU